AUGACUCAUGAUGUAGAAGCUUAUUUAGCACCUGCCGAUGUUUUGAUCUGUUCAAAAUGUAUGGGUAUAGGACACUUUAGAAAACAGUGUACAGAAGCAGAAGAAACAUGUAAAGUGUGUGGUACAUCCUGCCCUGAUCUUCGCCAACAUAAAUGUUCAACAGUUAUUAAAUGCAUUCACUGUGAUGGCGAUCAUCAUUCAAAUGCAUUAAAAUGUCCAAUCGUAAAAAGCUAUCGUGCUACAUUAACAAAAAAGUUACUAUCGGCAAAUCGUCCUCCACCACCACAUUCUGCAUGGUCAAAUAAUAAUGGUAAUAUUAAUAUUAAUAAUAAUACUAAGUAUCAACAUAAUUGGGCAGAUUAUCCUCAAUUGCCACCACCACAGAAACAAAACAUACCAUAUUCUACAGCCAGUAACGAAAUGAUUAACAAAAUUGGAGAACUGAUUGGCACAAUGCAGAAAAUUAAUGAUGUACUAGUUAUAACAGAGAAGAAAAACCAAGAAUUCGAACAAUUUAUCAUUGAUAGUAAAAGCAAUGAUGCUAGCCUGUCCAAGAAACUCGAUCAACUAAAUGAAAAAGACAAGGAUUACAAGAAAGUUCAUACACAACAUGAUAUUAAGCUAUCCCGACAUGAAAAUGUAUUUACAAAAUUAGUACUGCCGAUGUUAGAUGAAAUCGCAAAAUUUAUGGUGAACAUAAACCUUGAUAAAAAUCUUGGUGUAUUAAAUGCAGAUUUUCAAGUUACAAUAAAUAGAAUGCGUGCACAAUUGACGAACGUAAGCUUAAACAAAGACUUCUGA